AUGGUAUUGGAUCUUGAUUUUGUUGUUGAAGUAACUGGUACAAUUGCUGGUUAUCCAUUUCAUACUGUUAAAGUUUGUUUACAAACACGAACACUCAAUUAUCGUUUAUAUUCUAGUUCAUUAUAUUAUUUUAUUAAAAUUUCAAAACAAGAAUCAAUUUUAGGAUUUUAUAAAGGUAUGUCAUCACCAAUGUUUGCUGUUGCAAUCAUAAAUGGAAUUGUUUUUUCUAUUCAAAAUCUUUCAAAAGAUUUAUUUAAUGAUCCUGAUACUUAUUUUGCAUUAGCAAUAACUGGUGGUAUUGCUGAUUGUACAUAA